AUGGAUACUACUAAGUUCACUUGGUCAUCAACUCAAAAAGAAGAAAAAGCACUUUUGUACAAGAAUUAUUUAUAUCGAUUGCGACGUGAAAACCAAAAUGGUUCAUUCGUAUAUGUUUGUACAAAUAAGCCCUGUCCUCGUGUUAUUACUUUAAAAAACGAUGCAAUCAUACAGUGUGAUCUUACACGUCAUAAUCAUGACCCAAGACUUGCCAAGGAUCUACAAAAUGUAUUUACUGGAUUAAAACGUCGUGUAAUAACUGAUGUUGAUCAGUCCAUAGGCAAAACUUACGAAGAAGUAAAAAGAUUUGUGAGUGAUAAUUUUAUCUCGGGUAUAACAAAAAUUAUCGAGAAGUAA